AUGAACUACCCAACACCAACUUUAUCAGAGUUAAAGGAACAGACUACACUUGGACAAUCAACGAUUGAAAAAAUCAUUGAAGGAUUUCUUUCUUCAUAUCAUAAUGGAUUGACAAAAGAUCAUUCUACAAUGGUACCAUCGUAUAUUACCCGUCUUCCUACUGGCAUAGAGACUGGCGAUUAUCUUGCCUUGGAUUUGGGUGGUACAAAUCUAAGAGUUGCUGUGGUGACAUUGGUAGGUCUUGGUAAAACUGAGUUGGUGUAUAAACAAUAUCGAAUUCCCGAUGAAUUGAAAACAGGAACAGUUGAAGAAUUAUUCGAUUGGGUGGCAUUAGCUGUUAAAGGGUUAUUGGAUGAUUCGGGUCAUAAUAAUUUGGAGAAUGAUGGCCAGACGAGUAACAAACCCAAAGAAUUGUAUAUGGGAGUUACUUUUAGUUUUCCAAUAAAUCAGACUGCAGUCAAACAGGGUGUUGUUAUGCAGAUGGGAAAGGGAUUCAAUGUUAUAGGAUUAGAAAAUCAUGACGGUGUCAGAGUCCAUAUUGCAGUCAUAGUCAAUGAUACAGUCGGCACACUUGUGGCAAAUGCUUACAAAGAUCAAAAUACAAUUAUUUCAGUGAUUUUAGGUACAGGAACUAACGCUGCAUGUAUUUCUACGACCUCAUCAAUUUCAAAAAUCAAAUUUCCACCAAAUACACCAGAAUAUAUGAUUGUCAAUACUGAAUGGGGUAUAAUGGGUGCUGAUUUCUUGCCUUUUAUAAAAUAUGACAAAGUUCUUGAUCUGCAGAGUAAAAUCCCAGGAUUUCAACCUUUUGAAAAAAUGGUUAGUGGAAUGUAUUUAGGUGAAUUGGUGAGGCUGACAAUAGUUGAUCAUGUGAAAUCUUUUAAUUUGUUUGGUGGGUUCUUACCAGGAGGAAUGGAAAUACCAUAUAAUUUUUCCACUAUACAAAUGUCUGACAUUGAAAGUGACAAAACAGCCAAUCGCUCAGAAAUAUUAAAAAUUUUAUUAAAAGGAUUUAAAUUUCCUGAUGAUAAAAAACCAAGUAAAGAAGAUAUGAAAAUAGUUUGUGAAAUUAUAAAAGCAUAUUCUAGACGCUCAGCUCAACUAUCAGCUGUGGCUGUGGCUUCGUUGAUUAAACUACAAUGUCCAGAUUUCCCUUCAGUUGAACGAGAUAUCAGAGUAGCAAUUGAUGGAUCAAUGUAUCAUAAAUACUAUAAAUAUUCUGAAAAAAUGAGUGAAUUUUUAAGACAAAUUCAAGACAUUACUGAAGAUAAAAGAACUAAAUUAAGUGAAAUUGAAAAUGGUGGAUGCACUGGGAUUUCUCCCCAAUUGUCAAGUUUAUUAUUUUGUUCCAUUAACUCAAUUAUUUCAUUGGACUCUUUAUCUGAGCCUUCUGAAAUUAAUUCAGGCGUAUUUAUUUCAUAA